AUGUCCCUACAGGCUAUUCAGGCUGCCACGAGACUAUUGGACGAGAUGUGCCAUCUCACGGCCCAGUCGCUUACAUCACUGGAGACCUCGGACCACUUCCAGGUGGUCAAGAUGUUAGGGGAGGGGUCGUACGGGAAGGUCAUGUUGGCUGUACAUCGGAAAAGAGGAACUCCAAUGGCCCUGAAGUUCUUUCCUCGUGAUUCCACAAAUCUCUUCUCCUUUUUGCGAGAGUAUAACCUCUCCCUCUCCUUCUGCACCCACCCGUCCCUGACCAAGGCCCUGGGCAUUGCCUUCUCCACCCCCUCACAUUACGUUUUCGCCCAGCAAGCCAGCCUCUUCGGUGAUCUAUACGACGUCAUUGUCCCUGAGGUGGGUGUGGAGGAGGACUGCGUCCAGAGGGUGGUUUCCCAGCUGUGCGGUGCCCUAACCCACCUCCACUCCCUGGGCUUCGUCCACCGUGACGUCAAGCCCGAGAACAUCUUCCUGGUCGACGCUGCCUGCCGCUGGGUCAAACUGGGCGACUUCGGCAUGGCCAAGGCCACGGGAACCAAGGUACCCGGUGUGUGGUACAGUUCUGCUUACUGUACGCCCGAGGCAGAGAUAGCGAAGGAGUCGGAGGAUAGUAGACAUAAUACUGCAUCAAAACCUGAUGGAGGAAAUGGGUUGGACAACAAGAUCAAGAGGGUGUGGGUGUCGGUGGAGGUCAGUACAGACUGCUGGGCCUUGGGGAUCCUCAUCUACGCCAUGCUGACUGGCAGUCUACCCUGGACGCAGACCGCGUCCGACGACCGCUCGUACAUCAAGUACCAAGAGUGGUUUGACCAGCAAGAUGGUCAGGACGACGAACUAGACCUAUCGGUCGCCCCCCAGUUUGCCUGUUUCACCCCACUGGCCAGUUCCCUUUUCCUGUCACUACUUCACCCGCAGCCUAGGCUUCGCGGUAGGCCCGACGAUGUGCUGGGCUACCUCGGAGGAGACUGGUUGCAGGUGAAGGAGAAGAUACAGCUGGAGGAGGAGAGGAAGAAAAUGAGAGGGCGAGAGGUCAUCAGGAACGAGACAGAGAGGGAGGGAAGGGGAGAGGGAUAA